UUCCCCACUCCACCACAGAGGCCAUAUUGGUGUUGUGUUAGGAUUGAGGCGCGAACCGAGCUGAAUUCCCCCUGCACAGGGUUUCAGCUACAGGGUUUGUUCGCUUUAUUCACGCCCACUACGACACACCUAACCGUCGUGUGUGUGUGUGUGUGUGUGUGUGUGUGUGUGUGUGUGUGUGUGAGUGAGAGUCGCAGAAUAGAGCAGGUGGCUUCGAGGUGUGUGAACCGACACCAGGACGCGUUUUGGAUUAUUUUACCUUCCCCUCCGCUAAUACAUCAUUUCUUUCUUUCUUUUUUUUUUUUUUUUUUUUGAACAUUACAUAAUUGGCACCGCAGUGAGUCACGCUGUUCUACAAAGAAACACCACGCUCUGUGCUCAGAGUCCACUCCAUCACCUUGGCUCUCGCAGCUGAAAGGAGAUCAUGGUGUAUUCAAAAGCACACACAUGCGCUGCUCAGCAGCAGGAUGCAGACAACACCGGCUAUACCUACUCGCUCAGCUCCAGCUACUCUUCAUCUGCUCUGGAGUACGAGAAGGCGAACAAACUCGCUCCUGUGUUCGAGUCGCCCAGGAUGUCGCGACGCAGUCUGCGCCUGCAGGCCAACUCCACCCACUAUGGAGACGACAGCCUGCUAGACUCCUCCGUCAACCGCAGCAGUUCUUACAGUACCGAAAGCCGGGUUCACCGGGAGAGCAAGACCGUGAAGAGCAGGAGAUCUCAGCGCUCUGUAUCAAGUUCGCUCUUUCAGACACCAGUAAAGAACCAGUCCUUGGCACUGCAGGCACAUAACAGCAGCAUGCACAGCUGUUCGGCGAGCGACGCCUCUCUUCUGUCCUCCCUGCUGGAUGAAUCGAGCAUCCAGGAGCGCACCCUCGUCGACAGUUUCUGGGGAUUGGAUAAGGAUGGAGAUCCCAGAGAUCAGACACUCCAUACGGACCACAGCUUCUCUCUGAACAACAGCGGCACGCACGCGGCUCAGACUCAGACCUCCACCAUACACAGAGACUACAUCUGCAAUAACUGCGUAGCCAGCCACUCUGACAGGAGAGAUGCUCUCCAAGCCUACACCUCCCCCAAACCCUGCUCCUCCUCCUCCUGUUCUUACUCCUCGGCCACCCUGCGCAGCACAGCAGUGGACGGAGCCGCCUUGGCUGCGAGCGAGGCCUUCUCCUCUCCCCACACUACGGUGUACAGCCGAGAGCGAAGCCGCCGACACAAAGCCGGUGUGCUUGGAGUGGUCUCAGAGGCCUUCCUGCAUUGCAGCAGGAAAGUGUGGUCCUCUGUUGUCUGUGUGUUUACCAUACUCAUGCAGAACGUUCUGAAGACCUGCCAACUGGGCAAAGACCGGUGUGUGAGGGUGUGCAGGAGAGCAGGUGCCUCCUCAGCUGCAGCCCUCACACUGCCGGCUCAGUUUAUUGGGCUGAGGAAGACCAGCUGUGGCAGUGCUAACGGAGGUCAUGCUAGUUUCUGUGGAACCAUGAAUGUAAAUGAAACGGUGACUCAAAAGGACCCGCACACUCUUAAUGGCCCUCUGUGUGACGACUGCAAAGAGAAACACAGUUCGAGGACAAUCACAGUCUCCACAGGGUCUUCCAGAGCCCCUUGGCUUGUAGAGGCUCUGUGGCUCCUUAUAACAUUCACAGGCGGCAGUGUGUUAAAGGCGGGACAGGACGUCUUUUCGGCUGCCUGGUUUAUCACGAAGAAGGUUUCUUCUAUUCUCUAUUUGGCUGCAGUGUCUCCAGGGAGUGCAGCUUCAGGGGCAUUACAGUGGCUGGGAACUGCAUGGUAUCAGUUGGUCACGCUCAUGUCUUUGUUCAACGUCUUUUUCCUCACCAGGAUCCUGCCCAUACUUCAGAAACUUUUCCUGAUUAUUCUUCCCUUUGUGCUUACUCUCGCCGUCCUGUGGUAUUGGGGGCUGUUUAGCGUCUCGACCCUUUGGCCCGUAGCAAACAUGACUCAAGACUCUGCUAUAAAUAAAGCCGUUGACCUUCAACCCGAUGACACGUUAGCAGACGCAAACGUCCAGGGUGAACCCGAUGUCCCCAUAUCGCAGACGAGCCCUCAGCAGGAGCUGGCGGUCGUGUCCGAGUUCGAUUCUGAACGACUUGCUCGGAUAGAGAAGAGUCUGGGGAGGCUGUGGGAUAAGGUGACCGCGUCAGGCGGCAAACAAGAAGAGCAGCACGCGGAGGUCCUCGGACUGUGCAGCUCACUAAAAGAAGAGCUUCAUAGAAACACGGAUAAAGAGACCAUGGGCCAGUGGGUGGGCACGCUUCUAGAGCAAAGAUUAAGCGUGCUAAAAAAAGAGCUGGAAGAAGACACCGAGCACUCGCAGCCGCAUCAGGAAGAGAUUGUUGAAACCGGGUACCAGGAGUCCCGGCUGGCCAAGAUCGAAGAGCUUCUUAAAGACCUGGCCGAACAAACAGAGGAGUUACAAACAAGGCACGAGACUGCGACUCCGCUUACUGUCAGCGGGGAAAUGGACGGCGCUCCUCACGCGGCUCUUCUUGCACAAGUGCACAAACUGGAGGAGGCUCUAGGGAGCAUCAGGGCAGACCUGCAGGCCGUGACUGGCUGUAAAGGACGGUGCGAACAGCUGGAUUCUCUUCAUGACACCAUAUCCAUGCAGGUCAAGAAGGAGCUUCAGGUUCUUCUGUACGGCAGCGAGCAGGAGGAGGUGCAGCUACCAGGUUCUUUGAUGCAGUGGCUUUCGUCUCAGUUCGUGAGCAACUCGGACCUGCUGGCCUCGCUCGGUUCUCUUGAGAAGGGAAUUCUGGAGAAUUUGUCACUUCAGCUAGAGGAGAUGCAACAAAAGCCAAGUGUAGAGACGAUCACACAGAGCGUCCUGCAAGCCACUGAGCACUCCGGCUUAUCCGAAGAGGAUGUCCAGCUGAUCGUACAGAACGCUCUGAAGCUCUACUCUGAGGACCGCAUUGGCCUUGUCGAUUACGCUCUGGAGUCUGGAGGUGGCAGCAUCCUGAGCACACGUUGUUCCGAGACGUACGAGACAAAGACUGCACUGAUGAGUCUGUUUGGUUUUCCUCUUUGGUACUUCUCCCAGUCUCCCCGUGCAGUCAUUCAGCCUGAUGUACAUCCUGGUAACUGCUGGGCAUUUAAAGGUUCCACGGGCUAUCUGGUGAUUCGUCUGUGUGUGAAGAUCGUUCCGACGGCGUUUUCCCUGGAACACAUCCCUAAAGGUCUCUCACCAACCGGCAACAUCACCAGCGCCCCACGCAACUUCACAGUCCAUGGUCUGGAGGAUGAACAGCAAGAAGAGGGGAAGCUGCUGGGGCAGUACGUUUACCAAGAGGAUGGAGAUGCUCUACAGACCUACCCAGUGAUGGAGAACAACACUGAAGCUUUCCAGAUCAUCGAGCUGCGAGUGCUGAGUAACUGGGGUCACCCGGAGUACACGUGUCUGUACCGCUUCCGGGUGCACGGCGAUCCUGUGCAGCAGUGAUCCAACACUAAAGAGGACGUGGAGUUUCCACGGAGGAGAUCCCGCACCACCCUCACAUCGAACGCGGAAACAGUUACCACGAUCGCUUCUUCUUCUUCAACCCUCAGCGUUUUGCCGAUUCGCGCUUUGCACUCCCGUGUCUCUCAAACAAUACAAAAUUCUCGUCCAUCCGGAACGUUUUAUUUCCUCCCGUGAUUCUACUCCGGCAUGCGACACGGACGCAGGGCAGCGGAACUCGGCACGGUCUGAACUGCACUGAAAGACUCUCAGUACGUUUCAUUGAAAAACUAAAAGGACUACGGUGUAUUUUAAACAGCAUGUUGUAAAUAUUGUUAAUAGUUUGUCUGCUUUAAGUGUCUCUAAUAAUUUAGCUUUUUUUUUUCCUUAUAUAGUGUACUGAUUUAUUCAAGUGCCCAGCUAAGAGACUGUUAUUAAUCACUAUUUAUUUUUUUAUGCAUUUGUGUUGAUCUUAGUAAAACUUUAUAUUGUGUAUUUUUGUAAAUGCUUUUCAGAUCAUUUUGUAAUUAUCGAGGGACCACAGGUUGGCUUUUGCAAUGAAGUUAUAUUUUGUUUGUGUGGGAUGUUCUAAUAAAGAGUAAUUUUUUUA